AUGGACACUGAGAUGGGGCUUAAGAACCAUACGACGAAACCUUCACCUCAAGAGGAGAAAGCCAUGCCUUCUCUAACGACAAUUCCUACAUCCGUCACCCUAUCCGCCGAGCAGUUCGAAAAGCUGUACCUCAGCCCCCUGACCCAGCAGCAGGGAAUGCUCUCGAAGCAGAUGGGCAAUCCUACCCCUUUAGCUCUUGGCGGAUUCGUUAUUACCACCACGCCUUUGUCGUGUUGCCUUAUGGGAUGGAGAGGUGCUACCGGAGCAGGUAUUGCGUUCACUGGUCCGAUUAUCUUUCUCGGAGGCGGCCUGCUCGUCUUGACUAGUAUCCUGGAGUUUAUCCUCGGCAACACCUUUCCAUGCGUUGUCUUCGGCACAAUUGGAGCAUUCUGGUUUGCAUUCGGCUGCACCAUGACUCCCGCGUUCAACGCCGCAGCCCCCUACUCGACCUCCGCUACAGACACAGUAGCGGGCCUCCAUAGUCCCGACUUCAUGAAUACAUACGCCUUCCUCUUCAUCUGGAUGGGCGUUCUCAUGCUCAUCUUCCUGGUCUGCGCUACCCGCACCAACGCGGUCUACGUCGCCAUAUUCGCAACUCUCACUCUUGUCUUCGUCUUUCUCUCCGCGGGGUACUGGCGUCUGGCUGUGGCGGAUGUCCUCGUUGGUAAUCGGUUGAUUGUGGGAGCCGGUGCGUCACUGUUCGUGGCGAGCAUGCUCGGUUUUUAUCUCCUCGUGGCGCAGCUGUUUGACUCGGUGGGGUUCCCUGUCCGUUUGCCUGUCGGGGACUUGAGUAGGCUCUGGGAUCGUCGUGCGAAGUGA